AUGGAGGACGGCAAGAUGGGGAACGCCGCCACCAUGCGCGCGGUGCUCGCCAUCCUCCAGUGGUGGGGCUUCAACGUCACCGUCAUCAUCAUCAACAAGUGGAUCUUCCAGAAAUUGGAGUUCAAAUUUCCUUUGACUGUGUCGUGCGUCCACUUCAUAUGCUCUUCUAUUGGAGCAUAUAUCGCAAUCAAAGUGCUGAAAACAAAGCCGUUGAUCGAGGUUGCCUCGGAGGAUCGAUGGAGAAGGAUAUUCCCAAUGUCAUUUGUAUUCUGCAUAAACAUCGUGUUGGGGAAUGUCAGCCUGCGCUACAUUCCAGUCUCCUUCAUGCAGACAAUAAAAUCUUUCACUCCUGCAACAACAGUGAUUCUUCAGUGGUUGGUCUGGAGGAAAUAUUUCGAGUGGCGCAUCUGGGCUUCUUUGGUCCCAAUAGUGGGAGGGAUUAUGCUGACUUCCGUAACUGAGCUGAGCUUCAACACGUUUGGCUUUUGUGCUGCCAUGGUGGGCUGCCUGGCCACAUCCACAAAGACCAUCCUGGCAGAGUCCCUGCUCCAUGGAUACAAGUUUGACAGCAUCAACACUGUGUACUACAUGGCACCAUUUGCGACGAUGAUCCUGUCGAUUCCAGCAAUCGUGCUUGAAGGCAGCGGCGUGGUGAGCUGGCUCUACACCUACGACUCCGUGCCCCCCGCGCUGGUGAUUAUCAUCACAUCAGGGGUGCUGGCCUUCUGCCUCAACUUCUCCAUCUUCUACGUGAUCCACUCGACGACCGCCGUGACCUUCAACGUGGCCGGCAACCUCAAGGUGGCUGUGGCGGUGCUGGUGUCAUGGAUGAUCUUCCGGAACCCCAUCUCAGCCAUGAAUGCCAUCGGCUGCGCCAUCACCCUCGUCGGCUGCACCUUCUACGGCUAUGUGAGGCACCUCAUCUCGCAGCAGGCCACUGCGGCGCCAGGCCCGGGCACGCCCAGAAGCCGCAUGGAGAUGCUGCCGCUCACUGGCGAGAAGCAAGGCGACAAGAUUUAGCAGCAGUUACCCCAUCUUCUUCUUACCGUUGAUAUCAUUAGGAAGGAAUAAAGCAGCAUAUAUACAUCUGAUCUAACAGCCGUUUCAGCAUGGAUCAUAAGGAGAUUUUUGGCAUAUAGCAGAGAAGCGAAAUGGCACAAGUUUCAGUCGAGUUGGUGUAGAGCUCCGUAAAAGCGUUGCUGAUUUUUUCUUUUUCUUUUUUUUUUUGCUCAUACUAUCAUCUUUGUCUGUCUUUAUUUUUUGGUCUUGAUGACGAUGAUACAUUUGGUAACCCAGAUUUUGGUGCUGUCAUUAUUAUUGCAAUUGUCGCGUUCAUCUU